AUGCCUGACCAAAUAGAUAGAUCCGAAUUGGUUGGGUCCGUGGGAUCUACUCGAGCUACGAGUAGUCAUAGUCAUGGAGAAGAAAUUUCAGAUAGUGAGCGUGUGCCAACGUCUCUUAUGGAGAUUGCCCCGAUCCUUCGUUUAGCCAAAAAAAUAGAGGGUUUUAACUACCGGGUUGCUUACCUAUGUCGUUAUCAUGCGUUGGAGAAGGCACACAAGCUUGAUCCCAAUUCAAGUGGGCAUGGUGUCCGCCUUUUCAAGACUGCACUUAUUAACCGGUUACGAAAGGAUGAUGAAAUAACUAAGGGAAAACGUCAAAUAGAAGACGAAAAAACUAUGGGAAAGCGGAUGGGGGAUGCACGUGAAAUGGAACGUUUCUAUAAGACAUACCACGACUUUAUCCAUGCUUUGCUAAACGAUGAUGAUGAAGCUGACGGUUCUCAACUUACAACCGAUGGAAUUCUCUUUGAUGUCGCGGAAGCUGUUCAUCAGAGAGAGAGAGACGAUGUAGAAGUGCCUGCUGAGUUUUUGAGAUUUUACAAUGACGUGGAAGAAAAUACCCAGAUCUACGUGCCUUACAAUAUACUUCCCCUCGAUCCCGGUAGUGAAAAUCAAACUAUAAUGAGCUUUCCUGAGAUAAAAGCUGCAGUAAUGGCACUUCGUAGUAACGUGAGGAACUUACCCUGGCCUGAAAAUCAAAAGAAUAAACGUGAUGAAGACAUGCUAGACUGGCUUCAAACUAUGUUUGGUUUUCAGAAUGACAACGUUUCAAAUCAAAGAGAGAACUUGGUUUUGUUACUUGCCAAUGUCCAAAGUCGAAAGUUUCCGAAUGAAGAACCACCAGAAUUGGAGGAGGGGACUUUGGAUACAGUAAUGGGUAAUGUUUUAGAAAACUACAUAAGAUGGUACAAAUUCUUGGAUCUGAAAGACAGCAAAUGGUCGCCACAUAUUGAAGAAGAGAAAAUAAGGCAGAGGAAACUGCUAUAUAUUGGACUCUAUCUUUUAAUAUGGGGAGAAGCUGCAAACAUCAGAUUCAUGCCCGAAUGCCUUUGUUAUAUAUAUCACCAUAUGGCUUUUGAGUUGUUUGAGAUGUUGGAGAGGAGAGUUAAUGAAGAGACAAGGAAGCCUGCAAAACCGGCAUAUGGUGGUGAAGAUGAAGCUUUCUUGAAGAAUGUAGUGACUCCAAUCUACCAGACAAUAGCCAAGGAAGCAAAAAGAGGUAGAGGAGGGAAACAUUCCGAGGGGAGAAACUAUGACGAUUUGAACGAAUAUUUUUGGUCAAAGAAAACUCAAUGCAAUCGGCAAAAGUGGAUUGAGGAAACUGAUCAUGCUGAUUUCUUUUCAAAAGAAAUUGCACAGGGCGAAUCUGAGAAUAAACCAAACACCGGAGACCAGGAGCGGACGGAGGAUGAAAAAAGUGCUGAAGAUAUUGCACCUGAAGAUCCCGAGGUGAAGCCCCUAAUAGAUAAUGUUUCUAAACCAAUCACUGUCACGGCUGGAGAUGGAUGUGUUGGCAAAGUCAAUUUCGUUGAGAGACGCUCUUUUUUGCAUCUGUUUAGAAGUUUCGAUCGAAUGUGGACUUCUUAUAUCCUGUGUUUGCAGGCAAUGAUCAUAAUUGCUUGGAAUGAAGACGGAGAUUCUGAGGAGGAUGAUGUCUUCAACACUGUUUUGAGCAUCUUCAUCACAACUGCAAUUUUAAACCUUGCACAAGCUCUCGUCGACAUAGUUCUGACCUGGAAUGCAUUACAUAGCAUGACAUUCUAUAUGCAGCUCAGAUACCUCUUGAAGGCAGUUGCCGCUGUUAUAUGGGCAAUAAUUUUUUCAAUAACUUAUUACACACAUAACCGCAUUUUCUCCAGUUUUGCUAUUGUUAUUUACUUAUCUUCAAGCAUGCUCAUGGCUGUGAUGUUCCUAUGUUUAUUCUUCCGAUGUCAUCGUAAAAGGUUGUCUCAGAAUAAGAUCGUGAAACUGGUGAUGUGGUGGUAUCAGCCUCGGCCGUAUGUAGGAAGUGGUAUGCACGAGAAUGCAUGGUCAUUCAUCAAGUACAUGAUGUUCUGGAUUUUCCUGCUAAUUCUAAAGUUUGGAUUCAGUUAUUAUGCGGAGUUGCCGUUUGCAAAGCAGAUUAAGCCUCUUGUUGGUCCAACCAAAGAAAUUAUGCGACUUCAUAUAUCAGUCAACCGUUUGCCUGAGUUGUUCGCUCCUGGUAAAGCUAUGAAUAAUAUAGUCCUCGUGUUCACGCUAUGGUCACCUGUUAUUCUUGUUUAUUUCAUGGACACUCAAAUAUGGUAUGCUACACUAUCAACUCUGGUUGGCAGUACUAUUGGAGCUUAUCAACGUCUUGGAGAGGUCCAAACACUUGGAAUGUUGAGGACUAGAUUCCAAUACUUAUCAGGGGUCUUUAAUGAUUUGCUAGUUCCAAUUAGCAAACCCCCACCACCAGGAGUUGCCAUAGACCAAGUAAAACUGAAUGUUUUGAAGGAAGCACGAUUUUCUCAGAUGUGGAACAAAAUAAUUACUAGUUUUCGAGAAGAGGAUUUGAUUAACAAUAGGGAAAUGGAUCUCCUACUGGUGCCAUAUUGGAAGAAACUGGAUGCAAAAAAAGAGCAAGAUCCAACCGAAAAUGAACACCAAGAUCCUAUCCGCUGGCCACUUUUUCUGCUGACUAGUAAGAUCCCAGUAGCCCUGGAGAUGACGAAAGAUAGCAAUGGAAAAGACAGUGAACUGAGAAAGAGGCUGAGAGAUGACAUUUACAUGACUAGUGCAGUUAACGAGUGCUAUGCCUCUUUUAAGAUUCUCUUAAACACUUUGGUUGUCCAAGAACAAGAUGUUCUGAUCCUAGAUAAAAUUUUCACCAUGAUUGAUAAUCAUAUAGACAUAGGUACACUUAUAACGAGCGUUAAUUGGAGUGUUCUUCCUGAUCUGUAUGACCAGUUUGUUGAACUAACUGACCAUUUGAUCAAUAGGCUUUAUCUUUUGCUGACAGUGAAAGAUUCGGCUAUGGAUGUACCGUCAAACUUGGAAGCUCGAAGGCGUCUUACAUUCUUUUCAAAUUCGUUAUUCAUGGAAAUACCCGAAGCACCCAAAAUCCGCAACAUGCUUUCCUUUUCGGCACUAACACCAUACCAUGAAGAGGAAGUCCGUUUCUCCAUUCUUGAUUUGAAAAAGCAAAAUGAAGAUGGAAUCUCUAUACUCUUUUACUUGAAGAAGAUCUUUCCAGAUGAGUGGAUGAACUUUCUGGAGCGAGUUAAAUGUGGCAGUGAGAAAGAGCUCUUAGCAUCAUCAGAUUAUUUGAAAGAAAAGCUUAGUAUGUGGGGGUCUUACAGGGGGCAAACACUGGCCAAAACAGUGCGAGGCAUGAUGUAUUACCGAAAGGCUUUUAAGCUCCAAGCCUUCUUUGAUCUGGCGAAAAAAGAAGAAUUAAUGAGUGGUUACAAGAGUACAAAUCCAGCAUCAGAACGUGCAAUAUUACGCCAGACCUUUAUUCAUCACGCGACCGAUGAAGACUUGGAUAAAGGUUACAAGGCAUUUAUUAGUGAAGGAGAAUCAGAAAGUGCAAAGUUACUCUGGGCAAAGUGUCAAGCACUUGCUGAUAUGAAAUUCACAUACGUGGUAUCAUGCCAACAAUACAGUAAACAUAAGAGAACUGGUAAUCCGCGUGCUGCAGAAAUAUCUAGGCUUAUGAAUAGAUACCCAUCUCUACGUGUUGCUUAUAUCGAUGAGGUUAAGAAAAUACGAAGUGACAGUAAAGGGAAUGUUGAAAAGAUUUAUUAUUCAGCUCUCGUCAAAUCUGACCCACAAAAGUAUGGACACCAGGUAUACAAUUCGAGGAAAACUUACUAG